AUGCGUUCAGGAGCCAGUUUAGCAGAACCUAAUGAUUUUUUCUUUUUGCAUUUUCUUUUAGGCGACACAUGCACAGUGAUUUCCCAAAAGGAGGACGUGGAAUGUCAUCGACUGAACCAUGGCCAAUUGAUAAUCUUCCGUUUUCCUGAGGCUUCAACGAGUGACCGUUACCGUCUUUAUGCCCGCCCGAUAGGAGUCACGGGACACGGUAACGCGGCUGCUGAAGGAGCGAAGGAGUCAGAUCUCAUACUUAUUGCUGAAGAGGAAACACAAAUGGGUCUGGAGUAUAUUAUACCUAGUAGGAAUGCUGAUACUUUUUUUGCCUUAUCCGCUAUUUAA